AACGGGCUGAUGGUGGCCUGCUCCAAGGGCUUCGUGGACAUCGUGCCGCUGAUGCAGAAGUGUCCCUACAUCAACAUCAACCAGCAGGACAACGAUGGCAACACGGCCCUCAUGAUGGCAGCCCAGGCAGGUCACGCCACCAUCGUCUCGCUCCUGCUCAAUUAUUCGCCCGCGCUGCAGCUGGAGCGGCGCGACCCGCGCGGCCUCACGGCGCUCAUGAAAGCGGCGCUGCAGGGGCGGAGGGACUGCGUGACCGCGCUGCUGCUGGCGGGAGCCGACCUGCAGGCCGUGGACGCCGUCAAGGGCAAGACGGCCAAGGAGUGGGCGACCUUCACCGGCCGCUUCGAGACGUCCGCGCGCAUCCGGAGCCUCCUGCGGCGCCCGCGCGCCGAGCAGUUCACGGCCCGCUACCGGCCCGAGUGGCCGGCGCUGGCCCAGCUGGUGGCCAAAGCCCUGAGCCCCAAAUCCAGGAGCGAGAGGCUGUCGGAGAAGAUCCGAUCCUUUUUCACCCUCAGCAUCCCCCGCGACCCCGAGGAGGACGGCGUGCUGGACCACAUGGUGAGGAUGACCACGGCCCUCGGCAGCCCUUUCGUGGCCACCGCUUGCCAAACCGUGUGCCCCGACAGCCCGCCCGAGGUGGGCAAGAGGAGGUUGUCGGUGCCCGAGAUCCUCGGGCAGCACGCGUCGGAGACGGAGGAGGAACCGGAGGAGGAACCGGAGUCAUCCUCACAGCCGGGCUCAGGGGGAUCCUGCUGCUCGAGGAGAUCCUCCUGCUCGGGGGGAAGCUCAGGGAGAUCCUCCUGCUCGAGGGGAUCCUCCUGCCCAGGGGGAUCCUCCUGCUCACGGGGUUCUUCCUGCCCGGGGGGAUGCUCGGGGGGAUGCUCCUGCUCGAGGGGAUCCUCCUGCUCCCUGGAAUCCUCCUGCUCACGGGGUUCCUCCUCCUCGGGGGGUUCCUCCUGCCCGGGGGGAUCCGAGCUCCGGCCGCCCGGCCGCCUGCUGAGCCUCCUGCCGCUGUGGCUGCGGCGGGGGAACAGCGUCUGGCCCGGGGAGCCCGUCCCCAAAAUCAAAGUGAGCAAAGCCUCGGGCUCGUCCGCCGGAGAGAGGAAGCCCCGGGUGAAGGACAAGCACCUCCUGCAGCCGCCCCAGUGGAGGUACAAGGUGCUGAAGGAGGAGAAGAAAGCGGCCGAGGAGGCCAAGAAGGGCGAGAAGAAGAAGAAAAAGAAAAAGAAAGGUUAAGGCUGGAGGUGUCGUGCUGGCGACAAGGU